UCGCAUUUCGUCAUUACGCUAAUGGGUGGCGACGUGGAAAACAUGGAGGACGGUAGUACGUAGAGCGAGGCUAGCAGAGGAAACGAUUCUCUAAUUUCAGCUAUCUCCCUCUGUUGAAGCAAACCCGGUCAAGCGCCGGGGAUACGGCUGCUGCGUUGCGGGGUAACAGCUGGUCAUCAGCGCUGACGGAAGCCGGCAGGAGCCAGAGGAGCCGCGAGAAGCUUCUGUGACAGGAUUUGGUGCAUGUCCAGUAAAUAAGGACUGACGACUGGAAGGUCUGGCUGGAAGAAGCCUGGAAAUAUGGGAGCAAACACCAGCCAGGUCACUGACCUGUCCGACAACGCCAGCCUCAAGGCCCUGGUGGGCACCGAGUCCAUAUCUGAAAACGACCCCUUCUGGAAUCAGCUCAUCUCCUUCACCUUCAUCAGUCCGACAAACAGUGGAGACUCAAAGCUACUUGAAGAGGCUGUCGUCCCCCUGGCCAAGACUCUCAUUCAGAACAAUCCCAGAACGGGGAACUUCGGAGCUCUUGUGAGAGUCUUCCUGGGGAGAACCAAAGAGCUGAAAAUUUCCACAGAGUGUCAGGAUCAGUUAUUCAUCUGGCAAGCGCAUAAUGCGCUGUUCAUGAUUCGCUGCCUGGUGAAGGUUUUCGUGGGCGAGAUGAGCGAGGAAGAGCUGCAACAACAGUUCUCCUACCAGGAGAGGGCGCCAGGCUCCAGUGAAGAAACCGGGAGUGAGAGUCUCAUGGAGGAGCUGCUGUUUAACCUCGUUCACCUGAUUGUUGAAGUACCCUUGCUGGACAUCACCUACAGCAUCCUGUUUGAAGCAGUGACAACACUGCUGAUAUUCUUCUCCUAUCAGCUCUUCCACAAAGAGAUCCUCCGAGAUGGAUUAAUAUACCAGCACAUCAUGAAGGGUCGAUGUUUGGAGCUGACCAGUCGCCUGGUGAAGACCCUGCUCUAUAACUUCAUCAGACAGGAGAAGUGUCCUCCCCCUCCUGCAGCCCACAUUUUUGAGCCAAAAGCUGAAGGUGGCCUUCUUUAUGGGCUGGCGUCUGGGGUGGCAAGUGGUCUUUGGAGCGUCUUCACUCUGGGUGGAGCUGGUAGCAGAGCUGGGACAGACCAUGAAAGCAAUCCUUUACCUUUAUCCGAUCAGAGCCUCCUGUUACUGCUUGUACUGGUCAAUCUGACAGAUGGGCCUGACUGGCCCAACCCCUUCCGCCAGGCCAUCACAUCUUUCAGAAACACACAAGACACAUCGGCGCUGCCUGUGGAGCCACCUCACACUUUCCAGAUCAAUUUCAACAGUUUGUACACCGCUCUGUGUGAGCAGCAGAGCUCAGACGAUGCCACUCUGCUGCUCUACACCCUGCUCCACCAGAACGACUACAUGAGGAUGUACAUCCUGUCAAGAACCGACAUGGACAAUCUGGUUUUGCCCAUCCUCGAGAUCCUUUACCACGUAGAAGACAGGAAUUCUCACCAUGUCUAUAUGGCCCUUAUUAUUCUCCUCAUUCUUACGGAGGACGAUGCCUUCAAUCGCUCCGUCCAUGAGGUGGUGUUGAAGAACGUUUCAUGGUACACAGAGAGGUCACUGACAGAAAUCUCACUCGGGAGUUUGGUCAUCCUCGUCGUCAUCCGCGCCAUCCAAUUCAACAUGACGCGGACGAGGGAUAAAUAUCUACAUACCAACUGUCUUGCUGCACUUGCCAACAUGUCAGCCCAGUUUCGAAAUCUCCAUCAGUACGCCGCGCAGCGCAUCAUCAGUUUAUUUGCUUUGCUUUCCAAAAAGCACAACAAGGUUCUGGAGCAGGCAACACAGUGUAUAAGAGGCAGAGAAGGAGACAACACGGCCUUGCCAGACUAUGCCCAGGACCUGAAUGUGAUCGAGGAGGUGAUCCGCUUGAUGCUGGAAAUCAUCGACUCUUGCCUCUGCAACUCCCUGCACCACAACCCCAACCUGGUGUACGCGCUGCUUUACAAGAGGGAGCUCUUCGAGCAGUUCAAGUCUCACCCAUCCUUCCAGGAUAUCAUACAGAACCUCGACACGGUGAUAGGAUUCUUCAGUCAGCGUCUGGAGCAGGCUGGAAGUGACCUGUCAGUGGAGAGGGUUCAGGAGGUCAUCAUGAAAGGAGCCCAGGCCCUGCCUGUAGACAGACUCAAGAAGUUUCUGGCGCUAAAGUUUAGGUACGUGGAGGAAGACAAGCCAGAGGACUUCUUCAUCCCCUACAUUUGGUCGCUGGUCUUCUACUCGGGAGUGGGCCUGCACUGGGACACGCAUGGCAUCGAGCUGUUCAGCACGGACUCUGACUGAACAAGAUAAACGAAAGCGUUCGGUCUUCACCUCCGUUCGGAGCAGAUGAAAAGGACUGAUGGUGUGUGUGUGUGUGUUACCGUUUGUAGUACCUGCACGCUGCUCUCAAAAGUGCCUCGACCUCGUUCGUGACGGAGUACCUUUUUAUGCAGCACAAACUCGUAUUGUAAUAACGGCUCUGCUUCGACACUGUGAAGCGCUGGUUAACGGUGCACACAGUAGCUUCCAAAUGUUUCCCCUUAUUUUCCUGUAGUCAAUGCCUCUUUAACAGCACACGUCCGUGUUUUUUGUUUGGCCCGAGAUGCUCAGGUCUCUGGCGGCGGAUGGUCCCCUUUUUUUAGUCAUGCUUCAAAGAACAGGUCAUUAAAGGAAAAAAGACAGUACCUACAUGUUGCUCAACUGUACAACUUUAGAUCCUUAACUGCGUUGUAAUAUACUGAGUUUUAAAUAUUAAUGUCAAAUUUAGGGUUUUAUUUAGAUCCCUUGUGAGUACAGCCGUGAUUUAAAACAGUUUUUUUUUUUUUGGGAAGUUGCUGUUAGGUUCAGAACGGCCAGAGAAACAUAAUUUAUUAUGAACUUUUAGACAAAAUAUGCAGUAAUCCUGGCUGUUUAAUGUCCCACAUUCAUGUAUAGUUUAAUUAGAGCUUCAUUUCAGUCCCUAGACAAUAUUACCCUCCUGCAUCACUGUGAUUUAUGCGAUUUCAUCGUUGCUUCCAGCCUGACUUCACUCAGCCUUUGUCAUUUGCAUCUUUCUGGAUAGUCACCCAAGGCAAGUACUUAAACUAGGACAGAUGGUACAUGUCGUGUCCUGUCGUGCAUAGCUACAACUGUCUCUUCAAUUUGUUACUUUAUUUGCAUGUUUAACUUGAGACUUAAGCUAUUUAUUUUCAUGUAUAUUGUUUUUUUAUAUAUAUAUAAAGAAGCAUAUUCCAGACGCCUAAAUGUAAAUGUCUGCAGUUGCAAAACAAGUACUGCUGACGAGGCAAAAUGGUUUGGAAACAUGAUUGUUUCCAAGUGGGAAAUUUGCUGUCAUUUUGUGAGUUUAUUUUGAAAAUAGAAGUUUCAAUAAAAUGGGUAAAUCAAA